GUAUGACAUUUAUGAACAUUGUAACGAGGUAAUUCAAUUUGAAUUAUUGUUUAGUUUAAAUUAUCUGAUCACUGCGUUUUCCGCGUUUUACAUGGUUUUAGGGAAACCACCAAUGGAGGGUGACUGUUCCUAUAACAGGGGUGGUGAGCGUUUUCCAAGUAACAUACCAGCGUGCCCGCCCGGUACUAGGGCUUUUGGGGUAAAUUGCUGGUUAGAUUCGUAUGGCCGGGGAGCGGGCCGCAUGCCUGACAAAGCCCCGUGCCCGCAGGGUCUCCGUGAUGACGGGACUAACUGUUGGAGUGAUGCUCACAUUUACGGGAAGGGAUGUUGCUGCACACUAUGGGGAUGUUGUGGAAAAUGCAGAAGCGGCUACAAUGAUGAUGGAUGUACUUGCAGAAAAACUGAUGUCGGUAUCAAGUUGAACUUGUUCCAGAGGCAGUCAUGUCGUAGUGAUGAAGACAAGUACGGUGGUCUGUGCUAUCCGAAAUGUAGAUCGGGAUACCAUGCGGUCGGUUGUUGUAUCUGUGAACCAGAUGGAGGACCUAGAGUGGUAAAAAAGAUUGCGGAAAGGCGACAUUGUCGCAGCGACGAGGAAAUGUACAAAUAUGUGUGCUAUCCUAAUUGUAAAGUUGGGUACCGGCCAAUUGGUUGCUGCAUAUGUGACAAGUGUAUUUUUGGAGGAAAAUGAGACCCAUCGGUAUGCCUUUAAUGGAUCAGAUAUUGCCUUUACAUGUCAACUAUUCUUUAUUAAAUGCUUAUAUAUAGUUGUGUUUGGCAAGGUAUUUCUAUUAGAUGUUUUAAAACAGUUUCAUUUCAACAAUAAAAUAUUUAACAAAACAACAGGUCAUAAGUUCA